AUGCCAAACAUACUUCUCCUUCUUAUCAAAAAUAUUCUAACUCCGAUACAUAAAUUAUUUUUUAGAAUUUCAAAACUUGGAUUAGAAGCUGAAGAUAAUAACAACAAUAACAAUUUAGUAGAUACUAAAACAAUUUUAAAUAAUAAAAAAAUUAAACGUCGACAAAUAAAUAAUUUAAAAGAAAAAAGAAGAAAAGAAUGGGAAAACGAAAUAAUUAAAGAAUUAAAAAAUUCUGAAAAAUCAGAAGAAGAAAAAGAAGAAAAUUUUGUUACAAUUUGGCGUUUAUUUAAUUUAUGUACUAAUGAUUUUGUUAAAAUACAAAAAAAUAAAAUUUUUGGAAAAGGAGAAGAUGAAGAUGAAGAGGGAGAUAAUAAAUGUUCAACAUAUUUUUUGCCUGAAACUGUUUCUGAAGAUUGGACAGGCAAAGGGCAAUUUAUUUUGAAACACUUUAAGAGUGGAAAAUAUAUUUGUUUUGGGAGGAAGGAAGGUCUACAAGUUAGGACAUCCCUUACUUCAACUAAAUCAUCCUUUUGUCAUUUUCAUGAGAGAUUAUCGCCUUCUGGACAUUCAAUUUUCGACUCUACAUAUUUCAAUAACCGCUCAAUAGGAUUUUCUUUGUCAGGAAAUCCAAUAACUAAAAGAAAAAGAAGAAAAAAUAAAAAUUCCCAAUGUUUUUUAUUUACAAAAUUAAUUAUUAAAUUAAAUAAAAAUGAGGAUAUUUGUAAUAAUUUAAAUAAAAUAAAACGUAAUAGAAGGGCCGAAGAAGGGAAUAAACAACAACAAUUGAGAGAGGCGGCGUUAAAAGCUGUUUUGGCUAGAAUUGAAGCUUCUGAAGAAAAUGUUAUUGAAGAAAAUAUUUAA